UAGCUCACUGUAUUGUUAUUAAAUACUAGUCGGUAGCCGUGGUUCUUUAUUUACUGCAUUUUGUGUGUCUCGUUACUUGCGGUACCAUUUUGCGCAGAGACAGACAGAAUACGGCUAUUAUUAUAGAGAAAACUAGUCGUUAGCCCGUGGAAAAUCCCCGGGUUCGCCCGUCCUUUAUAUUUACCCGUCGCAACAAAGUGGAUAAAAAUAUAUCGCAUUUGAUAUUCGUGUUUCCGUAACAUUAUUUUCAAACUCAGCGGGGGGUCCGCGCAGAGACAGACAGACGACGGCUAUUAUUAUAGAGACUAGCCGUUAACCCGUGGAAAAAUCCACGGGGUCGCCCGUCCUUUAUAUAUCGCAUUUCGUGUUUCCGCAACAGGACGCGGUUUCCGCGGACAGACAGACAAAAUACGGCUAUUAUUAAAGAGACUAGUCGUUAACCCGUGGAAAAAUCCACGGGGUCGCCCGUUGCGUUCGCUCAUCCUUUAAAUUUACCCGUCGUAUCAAAGUGGAUAAAAAUAUAUCGCAUUUGAUAUUCGUGCGCAUUUUAAGAAUUUCGUGUUUCCGUUACAAGACGCCGCUUUCGCGGACACACAGACAGACGGAAUACGGCUAUUAUUAAAAAGACUAGUCGUUGCCCGUGGAAAAAUCCACGGGUUCGCCCGUCCUUUUUAUUUACCCGUCGCAACAAAGCGGAUAAAAAUAUAUCGCAUUUGAUAUUCGUGUUUCCGUAACAUCAUUUUCUAACUCAGCGGGGGGUCCGCGCAGAGACAGACAGACGACGGCUAUUAUUAUAGAGAUAACAAUUUUGAUAAUAGAAACGUUUAAAUUUUUUUUCUUGUAUCCACUUAUAUACACAUACUUGAUGUGACAAAAAUCAGUCUGACAAAAUAUACGAAUAUGAUAAGAGUUUAGUUCGACAAACUUCUCCCGCUCACAACGAAUUUGUUUUUGUUUUUUCUUGUAUCCACUUAUAUACACAUACUUGAUGUGACAAAAAUCAGUCUGACAAAGUAUACGAAUAUGAUAAGAGUUUAUUCGACAAACUUCUCCCGCUCACAACGAAUUUGUCUUUGGUUUUUUCUCGUAUCCACUUAUAUACACAUACUUGAUGUGACAAAAAUCAGUCUGACAAAAUAUACGAAUAUGAUAAGAGUUUAGUUCGACAAACUUCUCCCGCUCACAACGAAUUGUCCCAAUUAUCUUUUGACACACCUUCAAGGAAAUCCACUGAAGUACAAAGAGGACCGUCAAAUAAAAAAAGCUUUCUCAACUGUGAUAAACAAAGAUUAUAACAUUAACAAUCGUGUUAAUGAGAAAAGAAGCAAAUUCAAGUGUUUAUUCAGCAGUAAACUGAAAAGUAAAUCAAAACCAAAAUGUACACACAUAAACCCUAAUUAACUGAGAUGUUUAUCAGGUCCAAACAAAGUCGAUGAAAAGUUUAUACUUUGUUGACAACAUAUGCAUUUCACAUCUUAACAAGAUCUUCAUAGAUUAACAAAUCAGUCCAUUAAUUAACAAAAACAAAGUAUGUGAACAAGAUGCCGUUGCUAGUAUUGAUAAAAUUAUCUGUGUAGUAUCACACAUACAAACGAUAUGCAAAACGAACGUUUCCGAAAUACGUCAACAGAGCACGCUACAAGUUUCAAAGACAGAGUUGUUAUCAACGUAGGAGGGACAAGACAUGAAUGUUAUAUCAGUACUAUUCAAAACUUUCCUGAUACGAGGCUAUACUGGAUUGCUGAGACAGCAUUAAAGAUGGCAGAUUUUGAUCCCGAUGGAAAUGAAUUCUUCUUCGAUAGACAUCCAGGUUGUUUUCAAAACAUUCUGAAUUAUUGUCGAACAGGCAAGCUACAUUGUCCAAAUGAUGUGUGCGGACCACUAUUUGAAGAGGAGCUUCAAUUUUGGGGGAUUGACGAAUUAGUUAUGGAGCCAUGUUGUUGGGGCUACUACACGCAGCACCGAGAGGCAAACAAGACGUUAAAAAUGUUUGACGAUUUAUACGAAGAACAAGAAGAAACAUACGAAGACAUGACGAAACAUGAAACAUGUGGUUUGCGUAAAAGUUUAGAAAACUUUAAGAAUACUGUGUGGAGGUUAUUAGAGAAACCGGAAAGAAAUCCACGUGCACGGCUCGUAACUUUGGCGAUACUUUUGGUAACAGUGCUAUCUGUUACGACGUUUUGCUUGGAAACGAUGGACAGGUUUCGACAAAACGAAAAACAGUUCUACGCUUUAGAGAUCUUUUACUGUGCAUUUUUCACGGUGGACUUCAUGUUACGUUUGAUAUGCUGUCCGUCAAAAAUCAGAUUUGUGAAAAGUUCAAUGGCGUGGAUGGACUUCCUAUCGACUGGUCAAUUUUACGUGACGAUUUUCUCGCGCACAGACGUGCUGAGCUUCUUGUUUAUGUUGAGAUUGCUCCGCAUAUUUCGCUUGUUGAGAUUUUUUAAAAAUUUUAGCGGGAUGAUUGUGAUUGGUCAGACGUUAAAAGCAAGCGCACGUGAACUUGUGUUAUUGGUCAUUAUGUUAUUCGUUCCUAUGGUGAUAUUUUCGACGAUGGUGUACUUCGCAGAAAAGGGUAUUACGGCUGAGAAAUUCACAAGCAUUCCUGACUGCUUCUGGUGGGCGAUUAUCACAAUGACUACGGUUGGUUAUGGAGAUGUGGUACCUACUUCCGAAUAUGGAAAGCUUUUAGGAGCUAUCUGUGCGUUUUCCGGUUGUUUAGUAGUCGCGUUACCUGUCUCUGUUAUCGGAAACAACUUCUCGUUUUAUUAUUCUUAUGCUCAGGCGAGAAUGAGGUUACCAAAGAGGCAACAUAAAAUCAUGCUAAAGGCUGACAAGGUUUUGUUUACAAAUGAAAAGAAUUUAGCUGAAAAUAAAGAAAACCCUGCAAACAUGCAUUCAAGAUCUCGUCGCUACGCAAUAAGUCCGUUGGCUGGUCCAAUUAAAUUCUUUUCCGACACCAAAACAAAGAAGACAUCAGUUCUGCAUCCUGCAACUAAUGGCAGCUCUCUUAAACCGCUCGUUAGACACGACAACCAAGGAUCUCCACGUGCCGUUCAAAACGUGUAUAAACCGGUCGCAAAACACGACAACGAGAAAUCUCCUCUUAGCUUUCAUAAGGAGUAUACUUCUAAAAAAAUGAGAAGCCUGACGGUAUAUGAACAACCGAACCUCCUAAGCAACCAUAUGCCGUCGUUGACACGAUCGUAUGACGGCAUGUUGAAUGAACAGGGAACUCCUGCAAGAGAUAGAAAAAGGAUCUUACAUUUGGAUAUAAGUGCUUACGAACCAGCAAAACUUCAUGCUUCAGUGCAUGCUUCAAGACGGAAAAAUAGUCGCUAUCACCAUCCCUUAAUAAAUUGAAAAUACAGUUGAGCUGUAAACUAUUACAAAAAUACGAAUAUAAAUAGUACUGUUAUAAGGAAAUAUAAAUAUAAUAAAUAUAAUUUAUACUUAUAUAGUGAAAGUAUGACACUACAUAAAAUAAUGCUGUUAUAUGUAGAUUUUGU